ACAAUAGCAACGGCACACCCAAAACAAACGACCGUAGAAGAAGAAGAGGAAGAAAACGUCUCGGAACAACCACCGCCGAAAAUCUCUCCCUAGCUAGCUAGCUAGCCAAUCAAGGUCGCGCAGAUGGAGCAGCUCGGGGCCAAGAAGUCGAACAAGAUCACGGAGAUCGUUCGCCUGCAGCAGAUGCUCAAGAAGUGGCGCAAGCUCUCCGUCGCGUCCAAGGACACGGCGGCGGUCUCCACGCCCACCACCGUCACGGUCACCGCCGGCGGAAAUGGCACCGGCGAGAGCAAGGCCAAGAAGUUCCUGAAGCGGACGCUGUCCUUCACGGAAAAUCCGACCUCCGGGUCGCCGUCAGGGCCGCCGCCCAAGGGCCAUCUGGCGGUGUCGGUCGGCCCGGCGAUGCGGCGGUUCGUGAUCCCGACGGAGUACCUGAAGCACCCGGCGUUCGCGGCGCUGCUCCAGGAGGCGGAGGAGGAGUUCGGGUUCCAGCAGGAGGGCCUGCUCCGCAUCCCCUGCGAGGUGCCCGCCUUCGAGGCCAUCCUCAGGGCCGUCGAGAAGAAGGACGCCGCCUUCUUCUACUGCAGCGCCGAGUUCGCCUCCGCCGCCGACGAGGUCGGCCGCGGCACCCCGCUCUGCAGAUAGCUCCCGGGCUUGGACGACGACGCCACAUACCGGCCACCACUUAGCAGUACCUGACUACCUGUCCCCAACCAACAAAUUAUGUUCUUCUGUGCUGUUUUUCAGUGUUGUCAUGCAUGGUGAGGGAUGAAUCCAUAGUAUCUCCCCCCACGGUUUAGAAAUUGGGUUACUGCCUACAUUCUUUCUCUGAUCUGGAUUAGCUGGGUAGUACGUAAUGCAGCCCGUAAUUCACUGAUGGAAUCAUGGAAAGAUUGAUGUGAAAAUGAAGAUGAUUUUCUCUUUA